AUGGGCGUAAUUGGCCAGACAAAGCCCGAAAGCAAUGGACGAGCAGAUCGUAACUUACGCGAGAAGAAUAAUAUCUCCCUGUUCAGCUAUCAGGCUGGGAAGGGGGAUUUGUCUAAAACAUCUCUCCUCUUCCUCAUGGAUUUACCUCUUUCAAGCGUAAAAGACGAUGGCAGCGUGGGCAACAAGCAGAAGGACAAGAGGAUAACAUGCUACAGCUACGACAGCAACAGGGAGUACCCAGAUAACGUCAAGUGUCCAGACUCAGACUCCUGCUGCGAGUCCAUCGAGCAGUGCCGUCCGGACCGUCUCUGUACCUCAAAGGACGACCCGAAGACGCUGAUACGGGCCCCCUGUGCAUACAAACCGUGGACGAACAGCUGUGCCCAAGUAUGCCUGUACGAUAACAAAGAGUCUCUUAUCCUGCCGCGGGCCGUAGUCUGCGAAAACCCAGGCCCUGCCAAUGGAAGCUACUGCUGUGACGACAACAGAACAUGCUGCAUCGACAAAGCAGGUUUCUUCCUGAGCAGUGACGGCAUUCUCGUCGGUCGUGCAAACCAGACAGAAGAUGACCCUACAUUAACUCCCAGACCUAUCGGAAUACCAGCUAGCAGCCUGAUAAGCAUGGGAUCUUCGGCCACCGCAGGCUCGUCGCCUGUGCGGUUGCCGGGUGAUGAAAAAGCCGGCCUCUCGACGGCAGCCAAGGCCGGCAUAGGCGUGGGCGUGGCAGUUGCUGUACUGCUUGCCGUUAUUGCAGGGACGCUGCUGUUCCUUCGCAGGAAGAGACGGAAUAAGAGAACCGCGAAGGGUGCUGUGCCGGGGGAUUCAAAUGAAGAGCAGGACCAGGUCCCGCUACCAGAACAGGACUCGGAGAAGCAACUGGAACAGCCGCAGAGGAUUGCACACGAGAAUGCACACGAACUCAUGGGCGAUGGUGGAACGUCGGAGCUACCCCCGUCGGAGGUGUCGACGCCGACAUAUAUGAAGGAGCAGGCCGAACGGCAUAUGGAACAGAUGGAACAACAGAUGGAACGGCAUAUGGAGCAACAGGGGGAGCAGCAGAGGGAGCAGCGGAUGGCGGCCAUCGAGUUACCCGCCGACCCGCCUUCUGAGAAACAUCGAUACGGUUGA